AUGGUUAAUCAAAGUAAAAAGCGACGAACCCAUUCCCCUGUAAAACUGGUGUCUAAUAUAACGUCCUUGAUAGCUACAUCAAGCAACACACCCCCUACAAACGGCUAUAAUGAGUCACACAACUCACUUGUAAGCCGUAAGCGUCGAGCUGGAACUGAGGAUAAAACUGUACUGACAGCUAGUGUUAGCACUACUCCUAAAAAUUCAGUACCCUCUGCUCAUACAGAACCCCUCCCUUCACCUUAUGUGCUUAUCGAAAAACUCCAGCCAUCAAGCUCUUUUUCAGCACUAUCUUCAGAAAUAGAACUUCUAAAGUUGUCUAUAGGUGAACUUAAGGCUGAGUUAAGGGAAAUAAAAAACAGUAAGUCAGUAAAUGCUGGAAACAUCGAAACCGAUACCGAGAUAUCCAAACUAUCAGAUCAGAUCAGCGAUAUCAGAUCGCAGGUCUGUGAAUUGACACCUCUAACUAUCCUCAUGAAAACUGUAAAUCUUAACAAGCUUGACACAGAAUCGGUAACUAGGGUAGAUAACCUCAUUAAUUUUGUUACCACAGAAGUAACAAAACGACUCGACGCAAAACUGAGUGCUAUUGUCUACAACGUUCCGGACAAUGAGGCACUAAAAAAGGUACAGCGCAUCUUACUUAGUGAAGCGAAAAUGCCUAACUCCAAGACUAAGUGCUAUAGGCUGAAGAAGAGUCAACAUGAAAAGUGUUGUCCUAUUCGUUUUCAGUUCGAAACACCGGCAGAGACAAGAAAAUUCAUCCACUCCCAACACACCCUAUCGCAAGCCAAAAACUACAAACAUAUAAAGGUCGGGGUGGACAAAACAGUCAUAGAGAGGCGCGCACACAACUAUCUCACUAAGACUAAUUGUGAAACAGGUAAUAGGACUUUGCAAGCAGCCAUUAUUCCCAACCCUGUGAAAGAUACAGUAGACCCCACCGCAUCACCCCUCUCAAAACACACAGAAAUAUCCCAUCAGAGUGCAACACCAGCUGAAAGGCCACUACACUGUAAGCAAAUAAAUAACAGAACCACACCACCCAUCACCGCAGAAUCUAAAAUGCCAUUAAAUAACCCCAGAAAAAAAGUCAAAACCCCCGAAAUUCCACUUUGUCAUCUCCUAGCCAUAACUUCAUUGCUAAAGGUAAGGAAAAUAUGCCCCUAA